AUGAACCUCCUCAUCCUAACCCUGACCGUCCUCACCACCCUGACCACCGCAACCCCAACCCCCCGGCAGAACGCCCUCCUCUGGCCGUACGCAACCUACCGCUACUGGGUACAAACCGGCAACUGGGUGCUGGACCCGCAGGACCAACUCCUGGUCGUCAAAAACGGCAACGCAGCAGACGAAACCACCAGCAUCGUGACCUUCGACAUUCCUGCCACCGCCGAAGGCCACAAAUGCGAGCUCCUGUUUGACCUCUGGCCGCGCGACGUCUCCACCGGCUCACAGCAGGCUGACGUGUUCACUGCCACGAAGCCCACCGGUGCCAGUGUGAGUGCUUCUGACUCGGGCGCCUCGCUGCAGUCCGUGUCGAAGCAGGUCGCCGAUGUGAUCGUCCAGUCGAGGAACGAGCACGCCGGCCGGAUUUAUGUUCCCGUGCCUGGCACCGCGGACUGGGUGUUGGCUUACCAGGGGUAUCCGAAGUUUGAUUGUCCCGCUGGGCAGAUGAUAGGGUUCGAGUUUGUGGGCGUUAAUGAUGAGGUGUCGAUCAGGUGGGAUAUUGGGGUUACGGGGCCUCGAGUACAGGUUUUGUAG